AGAUUGGGUUUCAUUAAACCCAGCAACUCCCCGUGGGGUGCGCCCGUCCUCUUUGUUCGCAAAGCGGAGGAAACUCUCUGUUUCUGCAUCGACUAUCGCGGUCUCAACCGCUACAUGGUUAAGAACAGCUACCCCAUGCCUCGUUUCGAUGAGUUGCUCGACCGCCUAGCAGGCAACCGCUUCUUUACGAAGAUUGAUCGUCGUAGUGGUUACCAUCAGAUCCGCGUCGCGGCGGCGGACCAGCCGAAGACAGUGUUCCGAUCGCGCUUCGUCCACUAUGAGUUUACAGUGAUGCCAUUCGGCCUCACCAACGCACCCGCUACCAUCCAGAGGGCGAUGAACGACAUCUUCAGGGAAAUCUUGAAGCAGUAUGUUCUCGUCUACCUUGACGAUAUCCUGGUCUACAGUCGUACCCUUGAGGAGCACCUCAAACACCUCCGCGACGUCCUUGACCUCUUGCGCAGACAUGACUUCUAUGCCAAGCUGAGCAAGUGCCGCUUUGCCCAGCACAAAGUGGAUUUCUUAGGACACUACGUGUCUGACCAGGGUCUCCAUAUGGACGACGAGAAGAUCACUGCUAUUAUCCAACUCGCCUCCAUCUCGGUCACCACCGUCGACCACUCGGUGAUCGAUGAGUUUCGUACUCAGUACCGCCACUGCCCCGACUAUCGCGACAUCCACGCGACCCUUCGGAGUCACAAGAUCGUCCCGAACAACUCUUUCGGGGACAACGGUCUUGUGUACUGGCACGGUUCACAGGGCACCAGAGAGCCCCGUAUUUGCGUUCCCUCCACUGGACAGCUACGCGUCCAAGCAGUAGCAGAGUUCCAUGACCAGGCAACCGCCGGUCAUAUGGGCUUCCACAAGACGUUGGCUCGUGUGAGCCGCCUGUACGUCUGGCCGCUCUGCAAGGACUUUGUGAAGGACUAUGUCGCAGAGAGUCCCACCUGUCAGGAGGUGAACAGUGCGAACCACUUGCCUUAUGGUUUGCUCCAACCUCUUCCUAUCCCUGAGGGUCGUUGGCAGUCCAUCUCGAUGGACUUUAUCGGUCCUCUUCGUCCUCCAAACCCCCGCAGUCAUGAUGCUAUCAUGGUCAUCGUCGACCGCUUCACGAAGCGUGCACGCUUUGUUUCGUACCACUAUGCCAUCAGUGCACGUGAGGUCGCUGACAUUGUGUUUGACCGAGUUGUGCGCGACCACGGCUUACCUCCGAGCAUCAUAUCCGACCGUGACCCGCGCUUUACCAGUCGAUUCUGGCGACGGCUCCACGAGGUGUACGGCACUCAGCUCCGCUUCUCCUCGUCUUACCAUCCUCAGACUGAUGGUCAGACCGAGAUCACGAACAGGACUCUCGGAGAUAUUGUCCGAAACAUUGUUUGUGACAACCAGCAGUGGGAUCUCCAUCUUGCCCACACGGAGAUAGCCUACAACCAAGCCGUCUCGCCAGCCACGGGGAUGUCGCCUUACUAUUGCGACCUCGGCUAUCACCCUCGUGUUCCCGCUGACUUCCUUCGACCGUCACAGAUGCACCCUGACACGUGUUGUCCCGCGCUUGAUGAUUGGGUUGCACACAUGACAUCGAUUAUGAAGAUCGCACAUGAGCACAUAGCCGCUUCCAAGACUCGCAUGGCAACACGUGAGAACCGAUCGAGGAUGGAUCAUCCAUUCAAAGUCGGUGAUGAUGUGCUUAUCGACGCCAGCCACUUACAGCUCGAAGCGGACACGCUUCACAAGUUUCGGCGUCGCUUCUUUGGCCCAUGCCGCAUCCUCCAGGCUGUCGGUUCUGAUACGACAUCUAGCCCGGUCAGCUUCCGUGUGAAGCUGUCCGACUACCUACGCCAGGCUCGUGUGCACGAUGUCUACCACGUCUCGUUAUUGCGUCCCUACCGCAGACCGUCUGGGCGUUUCGCUGAACGACCAUACGAGCGCCCUCCGCCCAUCAUGGUGGACAGCCACGAGGAGUUCCUCGUUUCAAACAUCAUUGGUCACCGAGUCAACGACGACAACCCUCACCAUGUCGAGUAUCUCGUACGUUGGAAGGGUUACCCUGAUGAGGAGGCUACCUGGGAGCCCCUCGAGCACUUGCAACACGCUCGCAUGUUGGUGCGUGCCUAUGACCGUGCUCGUCGUGAAGUGUUCACUGCUCCUCCUCAGCCCACUGACCCUCCUCCUCUUCCCCCGGCAGAGGAGACCGCUGAAGUCGAGCCUGCCCCUUUUAAGGCAGACCUUCAGCAGCAGCCGGAUGCUUUUGAGCAUCCACAGCGCACUCGUCAUCGUCCUGCUUGAUACGACGAUUGACUCCGACUUACCUUCCCACAUCUUUGACUUAUCAGUACUCGAUCCAAUCCAGUU